CGGCCAGAGCGCCAUGGCGACGGACGCGUUGCCGUAAAGCGGUAGCCUAAGGGCGUCGCGCGCAGCCGGUUUGACCCUAGUGCCGGGGGCAGUUGUCAUUGGAGUUGGGGACGCGGAGCGAGUGUGGUGGUCGCCGCGCUCGUUGCCGCCUUUCCCGCCCGACACCCCCCUGCCGCCAUGGCGGGGGUGCUGGCCCGCAAGGCCGCGGACUAUGUGCGGAGCAAGGACUUCAGGGACUAUCUGAUGAGUACGCACUUCUGGGGACCGGUAGCCAACUGGGGACUCCCUAUUGCUGCUGUUAAUGACAUGAAGAAAUCUCCAGAGAUCAUUAGUGGCCGAAUGACAUUUGCACUGUGUUGUUACUCUUUGACUUUUAUGAGAUUUGCCUACAAGGUACAGCCAAGAAACUGGCUUCUGUUUGCAUGUCACUUCACUAAUGAAAUUGCACAGCUAAUCCAAGGAGGACGACUGAUGAAAUACAAGAUGGAAAAGAAGAACUAAAUAUCUUUAUCUUGGAAAAACAGGGAAUGUGCCCCUCAUCAUGAAUUCCAACAAAGGAAGAGCUCUACAGCUGCUGUGAUGCAGACUUUUCUGCAUUUUCUUCUCCAUCAUAAAAUUCAUCAUGAAUACAAGAUCUUGUCAACACAAAACACAUCAUCCUUCCACUAAAUUUUGUAGCCUACCUUUUUUGUAAAGUACUCUUCCGAAUGUAAACAAUUACAUCUAACUCUUUGCUGCCUUACAAGUACUGACUUUACUUUUCUAUUAGUGAAAUUACUUAUCCAAAUCAUGUGUUCAAUAUCUUUUUUUUAAAAAGAUGAGAACUUUUGUUUUUAUUUAACCAGCAACAUAACUGAAUGGCAUAGGACCAUUUCAUGCAUCUGAAGCCAGCUAGGUCAAUGUGAACAUAGAGAUCAGUAAGACACAAUUGUAGAUGGUGUAAUUGUUCUGCAUAUUUAAAUAUUUUAAAAACCAUUUACCAUAGUACUUGUGGAGCAUCCAUUCCUGACCUGUUUCAUCAUUAAAAUUUAUACCAGACUUCAGCAAGACAUUGCUGAUCUAAAAGUAUGCAUUUGCAGACUUGCCAGGUCACUCAUUGCAUGUCUGUUUUCAGUUAUGUGACUAAUGGAUUUUUACCUGAAAGGGCAUGUUACUACUUUUUUUUUUUUUAAACAUAAUUUCUGGUCCCUAGAAUCACCUUGAGAGAAGCAAGAAUUUCUUGUAAACUGAAGGAGGGUAACAGGGUUACAAACAUGCAUAUUUAAGAAGUUUGGAAUGCUGUGGAUUUUUAUAAUUUUGUUAAACAUAUUCCUUUUGUGCACUUGGGCCUCUGAAGGUUGCUCCAGUCCUUAUUCAGGCAAAAAAACUUCCCUUUACUUCAGUGGGAGCCUUGUCAGGGUAAGAUCUGAAGGAUAAAACUCCAUUGUGUGUUUUCCUCCACAUUGUGGCAGUCAAGUUUUUUUUUCCUUUUUUUUUUUUUUCUACUUCAUUACACUUGCUGGAAAGUGGCAUCAACAACUGCAAAUAAUGCAUACAACAUAAAUAAUGUUUGUGACAGACAUAAUUUUAUUAUCAGUAAAAUGAUUUUGGACAGUAAAAUCUGUGUCCCAACUAAGUAUGUACUGUCAAAAAGUUUUAAUCAAAAUAAUGGCAAUAAAUAAUUUCGAUAAAACUCUGAUGCAAGUUGUCUUCACCAUGAAAUGGAAUAUUCUUCCUUUAUGCCAAUAUCAGAUCUUAAAGGAAAUCUCCUACAUAUGGGAAGUCUGAUGAUGGUUAAGGCCUCUCAGAUAUAGGGGCCAUUUUUUGUUGCAAUGAGCUGAAUUUAAAAUUAAAACAAACUGGUGUAUGAAAA